AUGGAGAUACCUUUCCUGCUCCAUGAAAUUGCUGGUCAUUUUUUAUUACAUUUUACAUCCAUUCGUAUUAUGCAUUAUUACGAUCGAAUUGAAGAUGUUGAUCAAAUUGAACCAUUACUAGAUCGUUAUCGAGAAGAAUGUUCUGAAGCAGAAGAACCAUCACUAGAUGAUCUGUUUUCCUUCCAAAAAGUUUUUGAUAUACCUUAUGUUAAUAUGACAAUAGAACAUGCCUCCUGUCGAAAAAUGCUCGAUUGGGACCCGUUGGGACGUUUAGGGCAAAAUGCCUCAAACAAAACAUCGACUGAUAUAUCUCAAACCGAUACAUUUUAUGGCCAAGAAGAAAUGGAAAUAGAUAAACAACAACUAGCUGAACAAGCAUCACGUGAAAAUGAUUCAAAAGAAGAAAUGGGCGAUAUUGAGUUCGAAGAAGAAUUACAUUUACAUGAAUCAUUGACUUCGUUGGAUUUAGCUACCGCUCUAAUCAUGUUUAAACUAAAACUCGAUUUAAUCGGAAAAGCAAUGAAUGCAUUGUUAAACUAUUAA